CCCAAGCACAGAUGCUGACCUACAAUGUCAGCCCCACCGAAACACAGCCUCUUCACCCCGGAUCCUUACUACAUCCCAGGAUAUGGUGGGUUCUACCCUCAGAUCCGCUACCAGAUCGGAGAAACCUAUGGCAAAACCACCUCUCGCCUGCUGACAGACCCCAAUGUUCGGAAGAGCCCUUGCUCUGUGCUGGCACCCCUGGGGAAGCCAAGGUUCCUAGAGGACUUUAGUGGUACAAAGCAUCCUUCAAACCAGAUGCUGGAUCAAAACUACAGUUACUUUCCCGGAUACACUGGGUUUAUUCCCUACCAAAAUGCCCAGUUUGGACCAUGCUAUCCAACACCAGCCACUGAAUCAAGAGCCCCACUGCUAAUGCUCCUGCCAGCAAAGGUACAACAGUCGUGGGUGGACACGGACACUGGUGACUCCACGCAACUACGUGAGCAGAGAAAAUAUAUCCCCUGCCAUCCUGGCAUUAGACUGGCAUGUGGGCAUGGAUGGAAGAGUUCGUCCUCCCCUACUGGCAUGCAACUGGCAUCUGGGCAGGAGGAGAGGAAGGGACCCUGCUAUCCUGACAUUGCACUGGCAUGUGGGCAGCAAAAGAAUCAUGGACCCUGCCAUCCUGAUGUGGCACUGGCUUGUGGGCAGGGAUGGAGAAGCUCUCCCUGCCUCCGUGGAAACAAACAGCCUGUUAGGAUUGAGGGAGUGCCUUUGGAUGCAGUGACUGAGACAGUGGAUCUAAGCAGAUACAAUCAGCUCCCACAGCUGGAUGUCCCAAACCUGAUCCAACGGAAAGCCAUUUCAGGCUACACUGGAUUCGUACCGCGCUUCACCUGGAUCAUGGGUGUUAACUACCUCAAGGGAGUUAAAGAUGCCAUGAAUGAAUUUGACAGAAAUCAGUUUAUGGUAAGAAACCCAGUGUGGAACUUUGGUAAGAGACUACCACAGACAUAUUGGCCUAAUAAUAAAAUUUACACCAGCGCUGGACUGAUACCUUUCUACACAGGCUUUGUACCAACCCUCAGACACAGCUAUGCCUUAACAUUUGGCAACAGUACCCGGAAAGCCUACCAGAAAGCGCAGAGACAAAACUGUGCGCUGUGA